CAGGAAAAAAUCAAAACAAUUGAUAGUGAGCUCGACUCCACUGCUAGCACGAAUAUUAAAGAAGAUGCUGUGAGUAAAGUCUUAGGAUAAGACAGACCAGGAAGAGUUAGAGGUCUAGGCCGAGGGAUUACUGCAUCAAAGUUAGCUAUAUUGGCAGCUAGAGACACACACGUCAUGAAGCUUGAGGCCAAACAAGCAGAACUAGUGGAUGUAGUUCGUGGCUUGCAGGAACAACUUCAUAACUUGACUGAAUCAAGGAGAGUUGAAGUUGGGUCUACCUCUGAAGUGAAUACUGAUGUUUACAAAGGGGGCCGUGGAUGUCAGAUUUUGGAUUGGUGUGUAGAGGAAGAGGUUGUUAUUGGGGAAGGAGAGUUUGUUUCAUUUGACGCAGCGUACAAGAUUGGACGCAUUCCAAUAGGUCCUAACACGGCUGCUAUUAUUGUCAAGUCAUAUGAGGAGCAAGAAGCAGGGCCACUAUGGAGGCCUUCAGUAACUGUCAGAACACUGAGGCAAGCUGUUGGACAAGUUAUCGCAUGGCCAGUAGAUAGGUUCAUAUUGGACAGUGAAAUGGACUCUCCAACUCAUAAGACUGCUGGUUCUGCGGUGACAAGUGAUGAUAAGAUAAACAUAUAUGAUUGGAAUUCAACUGGUGUAAUUGUUGCUGAGGGUCGUUUGUGUUCGACGGACCCAGAUGAUCUGGUAAACGACAUCCCACUAGGUCCAGGUGCUGCUAUUGUGAAGGUUGAUGUGGCAGUUGUUGAAGAUGCAUAUCAAUGGAGACCAGUUUCCGAUGAAAUGUUUCUGAUGAGUCAUGCAGUUAAGAUGAAAAUCUCAUGGCCUCAAAAUAAGAUUCAACAGAUUAGUCAGCAAGCCAUGAAGGAGACGAUAUCAAAGAAUAGCUCUCCCAAGAGUGUAAGUCACAGCUCUGAUAGCAGCAAAAGUGGUAAAAGAAAGUGCAUCCUCUUAGAUUGCAAAGGGUCUGGCAAUAAGGUGGCUGAAGGUAGAGUUUUUUCAACCGAUCCAGAAGCUAAAGUUCAUUUUUUCCCCUUGGGUCCCAAUGCAAGCAAGGUAUGGGUCGAUGUCGUUAAAAUUGGAGAAGCACCUGUUUGGAGAGGAAAUUCAGAGAUUCAGUUCAUUGAUGAUGCUUUAGGUGUUCCAAUAGCUUGGCCUAAUGAAUUUCUCAUUAUCUGUUGAAUUAGAGAAUGAACUUGUUGUUGGAUAUCUUUUUAUGAAUUAUGUAUGAUACUUUGGCUUUUAAUCUGAUAUUUUAGUGUUUUUAAUUUCGUUAAUUAAAUUGCACCAAUACUGUCCUGGUUCUCGUUGUCCAUAAUAUAUAGCACAUCAGUCAAUAGCGAAAGUAAUAACGCUACAUUUACACAAAAUU